AUGGCGAUAACACGACUGGCUUGCCUCUUGACUCUCCUCACAACUCACUGCUAUUUCAGCGUGUUAGCGGUGGUACUAAGAACGAACAACGAAUCCCCAUGGACAGACGAAUUUGACAAAAUCGAAUUAUCUUGUUUGUUUGAGUCCAUUUCAACGCUAAACCCGAGGAUAGAAUGGAAAAAGAUCAAGAAUGAAGGGCCUAGUUAUGUGUACUUUGACAAGAAAGUGUCAGGUGAUUUGGAGAACAGAGCCGUUAUUAGAGAACCAGCCACAUUAGUGAUCACCAAUGCCACCAGGUUAGAUACGGCAAAAUACCGGUGUGAAGUGACUGCGCCUGAAGACCUCAAGUCCUUUGAUGAGAUUGUGAUUGACCUCACAGUAAGAGUGAAACCAGUGAUGCCCAAGUGCAGCGUCCCCAAAUCGGUUCCCGUUGGCAAGUCGGCAGAACUGAGCUGUUUGGAAGAAGAGGGUUUCCCUAAGUCUCAGUACCAGUGGUUCAAAAACAGACAGGAAAUUCCAGAAGACCCCAAAUCCAGCCACAACUUCUUCAACUCCUCGUACACGCUCAACGCCGACUCGGGAACGCUGAACUUUAUUGCAGUCAGAAAAGAAGAUGCAGGUGAAUAUUUUUGUCGAGCGAAGAAUGACGCUGGUGCUGCCGAGUGUCCAGCUCAAACGAUGGAAGUCUAUGACAUCGAUAUUUUGGGAAUUAUCCUGGGCGUGUUAGUGGUGGUCGUGGUCCUCCUGUGUAUAACAGUAGGAAUCUGCUGUGCGUACAAAAAAGGCUAUUUCUCCGGUCAAAAACAGCCUGGAAACAAUUACAAAGUCCCAUCGAAAGGAGAUGGAGUGGACUAUGUCAGGACAGAUGACGAGGGGGAUUUCCGACACAAGUCCUCAUUUGUGAUUUGA